AGGGUGAGACAGACCCUGCCCAGAGCUCCAAGAGGCUUCCUGCUGCUCGCCUCUAAACCCCUCCACAUUCCUGCAGCCCUUCAGACCGCCAGAACUCUUCUGCUGCCUGCCUGCCUGCCUGUGCCGAGAGUUCCCAGCAUCAUGAGAGCCUGGAUCUUCUUUCUCCUUUGCCUGGCCGGGAGGGCCCUGGCAGCCCCUCAGCAGACUGAAGUUGCUGAGGAGAUAGUGGAGGAGGAAACCGUGGUGGAGGAGACAGGGGUACCUGUGGGUGCCAACCCAGUCCAGGUAGAAAUGGGAGAGUUUGAGGACGGUGCAGAGGAAACGGUCGAGGAGGUGGUGGCUGACAACCCCUGCCAGAACCAUCACUGCAAACAUGGCAAGGUGUGUGAGCUGGACGAGAGCAACACCCCCAUGUGUGUGUGCCAGGACCCCACCAGCUGCCCCGCUCCCAUUGGCGAGUUUGAGAAGGUAUGCAGCAACGACAACAAGACCUUCGACUCUUCCUGCCACUUCUUUGCGACCAAGUGCACCCUGGAGGGCACCAAGAAGGGCCACAAGCUCCACCUGGACUACAUCGGACCAUGCAAAUACAUCGCCCCCUGCCUGGAUUCCGAGCUGACCGAAUUCCCUCUGCGCAUGCGUGACUGGCUCAAAAACGUCCUGGUCACCUUGUACGAGAGAGAUGAGGGCAACAACCUCCUCACCGAGAAGCAGAAGCUGCGAGUGAAGAAGAUCCACGAGAAUGAGAAGCGCCUGGAGGCUGGGGACCACCCAGUGGAGCUGCUGGCCCGAGACUUUGAGAAGAACUACAAUAUGUACAUCUUCCCUGUCCACUGGCAGUUUGGCCAGCUGGAUCAGCACCCCAUUGAUGGGUACCUGUCCCACACUGAGCUGGCCCCACUGCGAGCUCCCCUCAUCCCCAUGGAACAUUGCACCACACGCUUCUUUGAGACCUGUGACCUAGACAACGACAAGUACAUUGCCCUGGAGGAAUGGGCCGGCUGCUUUGGCAUCAAGGAGCAGGACAUCAACAAGGAUCUGGUGAUCUAAACUCACGCCUCCUCCUGCUGCAGUCCUGAACUCUCUCCCUCUGAUGUGUCCUCCCUUCCAUUACCCCCUUGUUUAAAAUGUUUGGAUGGUUGGCUGUUCUGCCUGGGGAUAAGGUGCUAACAUAGAUUUAACUGAAUACAUUAACGGUGCUAAAAAAAAAAAAAAAAAA